CGAUUGGCUCAUAAGUUGCUUGCUCCUGUCUGACGGUUGGCAUUCCUCUUUCCCCAUUUCCAACUUGUGAAACAACGACAGAAAACUCAUCGCUCACGCGUGCUUUGAGGCUUCAAACUUGGCUGUGCCUGGCGUCAGAAAAAAGGAGGGAAUGCUCCGUUACCUGGCAACCUGGGCAGGAUAAACAAACGGAAGAGAAAUUAAGAUGGCGCCUGGCUCAGUGUUUCCUCUGACAGAAGACGCACCCAAGUUUGAGGAUCUUUCCGGCUUGGAGAUCAAGCCGGGAGACAACCCGUAUGACGCCCUCAUCAACGCCUGCCAUGGCUCUGCGGCCGAGAUGCAAGCCCGGUAUGCCACGCAUCGGGCCACCAGGAAUGCGCAACAGCGGGGAAAUUUCCUGACUCCAGAGUUCAAGGGGCUCAGUAUUGACCCCAUCCUGCUGCGGUUGGAGAAUCCCGACAUCGAACCUGGGUUUAAAGACCCCAGAAACUGCCUCGUGUUCUGGGCGAGACCGCCGGACCAUAUUGUGAGGCUGGCCUCUCAUCUGCAGACUCUCCUGGCAAAAGCGGCACCUGGCCUUUGGCUCAUGCCUGCACACCGCUUGCACUUGACGACCCUAGAAGUGGCUCACUCGCGGACGGCUGAGGAGAUCGCAAGUUUGGUGUCAGCAUUGCGGCCGGCACUCCCUGCUAUGGCCGGGUUGACGUUCGCGAGGCGCUCACGGCUCGUCAAGCCCAUGAUCUCGUACGACCUGUCUGCCGUGGCCGUCUCGUUUCUGCCGGCAUCGGGUGAGGAAGUGCUGUCGCCGCCUCCAGCGCCGCUAUCUUCGGAUCAUGUUGGGCAGAACGGGCAGAACGGACAGCCCGAUCAGAGCACGGCAGAAGACCCCGACGCAUACACGUACCACCACCUGCGGCGAGACGUCUUCACCAUGGCGUCAGAAAAAGUGGCCAUUGCUUCGCGAUACGUGGUUCCCAGUGCGCAUAUCACCAUUGGACGCUUUCUCACGCAGAAAGACCACGAGACACCAGAGCAGCGAGAGCGGUGGAUCCGGACCAUCGAAGACAUCAACAAGUGGCUUGAGGACGAGGUCUGGGACGUCAAGGACGGCGAGUUUCUCGGUGAAUGGAUGGUUGGCAAGGAACGGGGACUCGAGGCCCGGUGUGGAACUCUGUGGUAUGGCGGUGGGAGGACCAUCCUCGCGGGAGAAGGCUUUUAAUAAGCCGAGAUGGGCAUGUUUGUUACAGAGUGUGAAGACAGAAUCGGGACAUGUUGGAUUAAACUUUAAAUUAUAAAUCUUCAAUUGAGGAAAAUCAUAAAUCUUCAGUUGAGGAAUAUUAUAAAUCUUCAAUUGGGGAAAAUUAAGCACUUGAAAGAACACCUGGCGGCUGAAUAGAACU